AUGUGUGACAACUAUCUCAGGCUGAAAUCUGAUGUGAUUGCACAAAUUGAAGUGAUACCAUGCAAAAUUUGUGGAGAUAAAUCUUCAGGAAUCCACUAUGGUGUCAUCACUUGUGAAGGUUGCAAGGGAUUCUUCAGAAGAAGUCAACAAAACAAUGCCUCUUACUCAUGCCCAAGGCAGAGGAACUGUUUAAUUGACAGAACAAAUAGAAAUCGCUGCCAACACUGUAGACUGCAAAAGUGUCUUGCCCUGGGAAUGUCUAGAGAUGCUGUAAAAUUUGGGCGAAUGUCAAAAAAACAGCGAGAUAGUCUGUAUGCUGAAGUCCAGAAACACCAACAACGGUUACAAGAGCAGAGACAACAGCAAAGUGGAGAGGCAGAAGCCUUAGCCAGGGUAUAUAGUAGCAACAUCAGCAAUGGUCUAAGUAAUCUCAACAAUGAGACUGGAGCCACUUACUCCAAUGGACACAUCAUUGAUUUGCCCAAGUCUGAGGCGUAUUACAGUGUGGAUUCUUCACAGCCCUCCCCGGACCAAUCAGGCAUAGACAUAACUGGAAUGAAACAAAUAAAGCAAGAACCUAUUUAUGACCUUACGUCCGUACCAAACUUAUUUAUGUAUAGCUCUUUCAACAGUGGACAGAUCACAACUGGAAUAAGCAUGAGUGAAAUAGAUCGAAUUGCACAAAAUAUCAUAAAGUCCCAUUUGGAGACGUGUCAAUACACAAUGGAUGAGCUUCAUCAAUUAGCUUGGCAGACUCAUUCAUAUGAAGAAAUUAAAGUAUACCAGAGCAAGUCGAGAGAAGCUCUGUGGCAGCAGUGUGCCAUUCAGAUUACCCAUGCAAUACAGUACGUCGUGGAGUUUGCAAAGCGAAUAACAGGCUUUAUGGAACUAUGCCAGAAUGAUCAAAUAUUGUUACUUAAGUCAGGCUGUUUGGAAGUAGUUCUAGUAAGAAUGUGCCGUGCCUUCAAUCCAUUAAACAACACUGUUCUUUUUGAAGGAAAAUAUGGAGGAAUGCAGAUGUUCAAGUCACUAGGUUCUGAUGAUUUAGUGAAUGAAGCAUUUGACUUUGCAAAGAGUUUAUGUUCACUUCAGCUGACGGAGGAAGAAAUUGCCUUGUUUUCUGCGGCUGUACUGAUAUCACCAGAAAGGCCAUGGCUCAUAGAACCAAGGAAAGUUCAGAAGCUUCAAGAGAGAAUUUAUUUUGCACUUCAGCAUGUGAUUCAGAAGAACCACUUAGAUGAUGAGACAUUGGCAAAGUUAAUAGCCAAGAUACCAAACUUAACUGCACUUUGCAACUUACAUGGAGAGAAGCUGCAGGUAUUUAAGCAAUCCCACCCAGAAAUAGUGAAUACGCUAUUUCCUCCAUUGUACAAGGAGCUAUUUAACCCUGACUCAAGCACUGGCUGCAAGUGAAGACAGUGGGAUUUU